AUGGCGCUCCUCCCGUUCGGCGAGGAGGUGGAGUGGUACAGUGACCUGGCCCCCGGCCAGUACGUGGCCAUGGAGUACGAAGGCGACGACGUAGAUCACGAAGGGAUCCUGCUCCAUCCUCUCGGCGGCGGAGUUUGGUGGAUUCGAACACCAGACGGCGAUGAGUACUUCCAGGACGUGGCCUGCCAGGACGCGUCGGACGGCCCAGUGCGCUGCCGCUUGCUGCCCGCCGAUGGCUCGCUGCCGCCUGGGGCUAGAGGCCGAGGGCGGCGUAAGCUGUACCGCUUCGCGGAGCGGGUCGGGGCCUUGGAGCUGCGAGAGGGCAUCCUGCGGGGCCGUAGGGCUUGCGAGGCGGAGUGCCGCCCUGGCCAGCGUCACGUGGUGCCCGAGCGCGUGCAGGAACCCGCUGGCGAGCUGAUGCCGAUCAGGCGUUUCUUCGGUGGCAGCUUCCCGCCCGUGCCGGGAGUGAGGCUUCGAGGCAAGAAGCCGCUGACCGCGGCUCUGGUCGCGCGGCCCAGGCCCGAGGUGGCCCCUGGCGGUGCGGCCACGCCCGAGGCUUCGGAGGCGGAGGAGCCUGCGGCUGACGCGCUGCCGCUGCUUGCUGGGCACGCCUGGGCACUGGCGGAGCCCGUCCUUUCCGCUGCCAUCGGCAGCGAGGUGGACAUCCGCAAGUCGACGUUCGUUGGCGCGCCGGACACCUCGGGGCUGAUCUUCGUGGACGACGGCCUCGCCAGGGUGAGGCGCAUGCCAGUCGAGGACGUACCCGAGUAUGCCGACACUCGUACCGCCGAGCUGCGCCGCCGCCUGGGGCUGCCGGGAGCGGGCGCCGAGGCGGACCUUCGUGAUCGCCUGGCUCGCCCGCCGCUGCCGCCGCCCGCCGAGGCGCCCGCCCAGGUUGGGGAGGCCGCCGCGGCGCCGAUCAAGAGCGAGGAUGUCGGGCUGCUGGCGGUGGACUUCGACGGCCAGGGCGAGCGCUUCAAGCCUUGGCGCGAGGCGGCGCGUGAAAGUAGCCAGGAGGAGUUCAGCGACCAGCUCUGGCUACGUGAGUACCUUCGAGAGAAGGGGCUGGCCAGCACGGACCGCGUCGCCCACGAGUUACGUUGUAUAUGCGAGGCUUUGUACAUGGCGGGCUGCUACGACCAGGUGAAUCUGGGCGGUCUGAUGGCGCUGGAAGUCUUGCGUAAGCGACUGGCGGGCAUCGUGGCGGCGCGCGCUCAUCCACAACGCGUGCAGUGGGAGGUGGCGAAGUAUUACACGGGCGCGCAGUCGGCCGAGGACGUCGCUGGCCCAGUGCUGCGGGCCCACGUGGCGCGCAAGAUGCGCGAGGAUCGAGAAGGCCUGCAGGCGCUGCGCGGCGCCCCCUCGGGCGCGCAGGAGGGCGACCUCGGCGCUGGAAUGGCGAAUGACGCGCUGAAAGCACUGAGCUGGAUGGCGGGCUGGAAGGAGUUUUUGUGGGCGGAUCGCGGCCUGGACGUGCUGCCCGACGAUGUGCAGGUGGACGUUCAGCGGAGGGUGUGUGAGUUGGUCGACAGCUGGCACCCGCGCCCUCCGCAACUCAGCGACGAGGCGGCUCUCAAGAAGUUGCUUCAAGGACAUUCCCCGCAUCAGGCGGCGGGCUGUCCGACAAGGGUCACGCCCUUCAAGCUCGACCUUCUGAGCCUCCCAGGUUCUGUUCGAGGGUGUCCGCUGAUAACCGACGUGGCGCCCUCUGAGGUCAUUGGAUUUCUGGAGGACUAUCAUGAGCGUAUGUUGGCGCCGCCUGUUGAGAAGUAUGAGACGAUUCCCUACUUUGGCCCGGAGCUACGUUUCAAUCAGAAAGAAUAUCAUCGGCUCCUCCGUCGUCUGAUAGACAUCGGCAUUAUUACCUGGACCAGCUCGCCUAAAUGUCAGGCGGGCCUCUUCACGGUGGAAAAGGGCGGCGGCGCGGCCCAGAGGCUGAUUGUCGACGCCAGGCGGGCCAACGAGUGCUUCCAGGCGCCGCCUGGAGUCGCCCUCUUGAGCUCGGAGGGGCUGCCGAGGAUAGAGGUGGAGCUGCCGGCUGACGCGCCGCUGGGGCCCGAGCAGGCCGCAAAGCUGUUGGGGGAUUUUUGCCUCUCUCUCGGCCUCUCGGAUGCGUCUAAUUGCUUUCGCAGGUUGCGCGUGCCAGCCUGGUGGCCAGACUACUUCUGCCUCCCUCCCGCGCCGGCUCACGUAAUGGGCGCGGCGGGCGCGGAGGUAAAUGGGCGAGUCCUCGGCCGCGCGGAGGCAGCGACGCCGUGCUGGGCCGUGCCCCCCACGGGCUUCACCUGGAGCUUGUGGAUCGCCCAGAGGAUCAACGAGUCUAUUGUGGCCAAGGUUGCGCCUUCCCUUCCUGGAUCCCCUCUGCGCGAUCGCGGGCCGCCGCUGGUGGUAGGGCCUGCCUUGCCCGAGGGCCGCGGAGCGCCCAGUCACUACGUCUACGUAGACAACCUCGGAGUGAUAGGUGUUUGUGAGGCUGCAGUUGGCGAGGCGCUCGAGCGGCUGGAGGAGGGCUUCAACCGCGAGGGGCUACUGCUGCACAAGUCGGAGCGGACACGCGGCAGUAUCAUCGCGCAUGGCACGGAGCUCGACGGGACGGCGCUGCGGACUCGGGUCACGCCCAAGCGCUUCUGGCACAUAUACCAGUCGCUGGGCGCGCUGCUGCGGCGCCGUCGGGCCAGUGCGUGGGCGCUAGAGGUCGUCCUGGGCCACUGCACGUUCGCCGCUCUGUGCUGCCGAGGCCUGCUAAGCAUUUUCCAUUCGGUAUAUGCCUUCGUGGAGCGAGGUCGCACUUCGGGCCGAGCCGAGCCGCUGUGGGACGAGUGCCGCUCCGAGCUGCAGGCCUUCAAGUCCCUCAUGAUCUUCAUGUUCAGUGACUGGCUGCGCUGCUGGAAUGACCUGGUGGUUCAGACCGACAGCAGCCUCGAGGGGCGCGCGGUGGCGCAGGCGCUCUGGCCCGUGCAGGCCGCACGGGAGGUGGGCCGCACCUCCGAGCGGCAGCGCUUCCGCCGCGUGGGUUCCCACCGAGCGCGGGGGAGUGCCCUCGAGACAGCCGGCUUCAGUCAGCAGGCGGACGGCAGCUGGGCAGCGAUGCCUCCCAGCAAGCGGCAGGCGACCCUACCACCGACGGAGCCUCGAUCGAGCAAGUGCCAGCGAGGGCACGGGAAGCUGGCCAACCAGAGAAAGGCCACCUUGCGGCCGCAGGAUGUCCAGCUGGUGCUGCGCGACAGGCGCGAGCCCGCGCUGGCAGACGUCGGCGAGAGCAGCAGCGCCGACGACGAGGAGAGGCCAGGGCCUGGCGCCGCGCGGAGGGCAGUGCUGCGGCGCACGGGCCACCAGCGGAGGCGCAAGUUCCUGGGCACAGCCCUGGCGACCGCAGCCGGGGGUCUCAGCAGCUUCCUCGAGGAGAGCUCGGUGACGCCCAGGGUGCUGGAGCGGUGCCGGACCGAGGUGGCGGGCUUCGCGGACUUCGCAGGCUGGGAUGCCAACAAAGGGGGGCAGAUCCUUGCUGGCCUGAUGUGCUUGGCGCCGGAGUUCUCGCGGGCUGGCCGCCGCCAGCUCCCCCGGGCCUUUCGUUGCCUGAAAGGCUGGCGGCGCCGGGCCCCUGGCCGCAGCAGGCGCAGCUGGCCCCUAGCCUUGUGGGCUGGAGUGGCCUGGUGGCUAGUCGAGCGCAACUUCUUGCAGAUGGCGGUCUUCCUCCUGGUCUCGCUCAGCAGCUACCUGAGGCCGAACGAGCUGAUGGGCCUCAAGGCGCGUGGCGUGAUUGCGCCUGCUGCUGGCAUCUCCCCGCUCUGGAGCCUGCUGCUCUUCCCUUCUCAGCAGAUCGAGCGGGGCAAGACCGACCUCAGCGACGUCAGCAUCGAGAUGGACUCGCCCUACUUGCAGUUCAUGGGUCCAAUCCUGACGAGGAGGUAUCGGACGGUGUCCGAGGCACAGCGUCGUCGACAGUGGGCAAGCAUCAAGAGUGUCCAGCGGUGCGAGAAGGGCGCCAGGCUGGGAGAGAGUUGGGAGCUUCUUCCAGUCGGAGUGCGCCAGCUGCUGGAGGCAUGCGAGGGAGCGCUCGAGGACAUAUUCUGCGACAGACCGCACGGCGUGGCGCUCCCUUGGCGGGGCAUUUCAGAGGACCCCGCGGAGGGCUGGGGCCGCUGCUCGUUCGCGGGCGCGGUGCAGAGCUGCCUGGUCGCCGCGGAGCUCGUCCACCUGCUCUGCAUCGGCAAAGGGCGAGCGCCGAGGUGGUCCGCCCGACCUCGGCGCGUCUCUCGCAUCCUUCCUUGCUCGGGGCUGCCCAGCCUCGUGCAUCGUAUUCCUGAUCCUCGUGUGCUUUGUAUCGGCAGGAUGGUGCCGCGCCCAGUCUCCGACAAGACUUGGCUGUGCAAGACCUGCAUCCACGAGCGCACGGGUGAACGUUUCUUCAAUAAGGCUGACCGUACAUCAUGCUUCUCGUGCAGGCGGCCCAAGAGCAGUUGUUUCAAGGCCUACAAGCUGUCCACCGCAGACCCGAGUGUGCACGCUGGAGAUCUCAAGGCUGGUGGCAAGAAGGCCGCUAGCGCUGGCUCGGCACCGUGGGAGGUCGCUAAGCAGCUGCGGCUGGCGCAGGAGACGAUUGCCAAGCUCGAGAAGCAGAUCCAAGCCAAGCACGUGCCAGCGCCUGAUGCCAUGGAUGUGUCGGAGCCUAAGGCUAUGGCAAAUGAUUUCGAUGAAGGCAAGUUUCGUGCACGUAUUUUGGAGUUGGAUAAGGAGAUCGCAGUUGCCAGCAAAGGUGUUGGCGCAGCGUGGGCAGUCCUCAAGGAGACGCUCACCAAAGAACGCAGCGAGCUCCAGGAUGAAAUUAACAAGCACAAGCCUGCAGCCUCGCGCAUGUUCGUUGUUGGCAAGCAAAUCGAGGCUAUGGGCAAGCAGAUUGCAAAGGCGGAGAAGGAUGUUGACGACCAAAAGGCCGUCAUCAAGGAGCUACAGGAUGUGCUGGUGCAGGCUGAGCAGAAGGUGCUGGACAAGAAGGCCAAACUGCUCGAGCUCCAGACCCAGCACGCUGAUUUGGCGCGCCAGAGCUAUGUCCCACCAGUGCCUAAUGACGACGGGGAUGCUGGGCAGACUGUUCAUGCUCUGGGCCUUGACACAACCAAGUUGGGUGAGGUGUUGCGAGCACUUGGAGCUGGUGACAGGACUGACGCCAUCGCGCACGGAGUGGCUCAAGCACUGCCUCAGAUUAUCACGAAUGCUCGGCUGCAACCAGUGGGAGCGACUCGACACCAUGCAGUUCCUGAGAUGCUGGACAAUGAGUCACUUGCUGAUGACGAAGCUCCUCUGGUACCUAUCAAGGAGGCAACCGAAGAUGUAUUGCGGCCUUACCUGGCGGAGGCGGGUCAGGAGGUGCCCACGACUCUGGAGGAGAUGCGUGACGCGGCCAAUCGACUCUGCAAGCUGGAGCAGCAUGCCAAGCAGAGGAAAGGGCCAGGCUUCCAGGCCACAGAUGCGGUGAUAUUGGUUCAAGAGCACAAGUCAGAUGGAUCAAUGUUGCCCAGCCUGCAGUACAAGCUGAAGUGCAUGGGCUACCACGGCAUCUUCUCGGCGGCCAAGCGCACGGCAGCUGACGGGCUCUCAGCGGGGGUUGCAGUGAUCACGCCGAGUUUUAUCACGAUCACGGCGCCACCACUGCUCAAAGACCCUGAGAUUGUGCCCUCUCGGGCUGUGGCAGCGCAGGUCAACUGGGGCCUCAAGAGUGGGAUAGUUGUCAUAUCCCUCUACUUGCAGGACUCCGUGGACCUGAAUGACUACAACCUUAUGAUCCUACACAAGGUGGCGCAAUACGUGGGCCGCCUCAAUGCAGCAAAUCGGCCCUGGGUCAUUGGAGGUGACUUUAAUAUGAGUGCGAAUUUGAUUGGAGCACAGGAGUCGGUGGCGCAGACGAACGCAUUGAUGAUGGUACCUUCGCAAGUCACAUGUCGCACCGCCAACUCGGCUGAGGGCAAGAUUUAUGAUUACUUUAUGGUUCACUCCAAGUUGGCCGCAAUCAUUGAGCCACCAGAUGUGUUGGCGGCUGCAGGACGACAACUGGAUGACGGUCACCAGCAGAUCGAGAUCACAGAGGGCACCUACGAGUGGGUCGAGACUGCCCCGCGACUGAAUCCCAUUGACAGAUUGGCUUUCUCGCUAGUGGACACAGAUCGCUUCUUGCUCAAGAUAGUGGGGCAGCAGUGCCACAUAUGGAGUCACCUGGAUGAGGACACUCAGAGAUUCUUCCUAGAUGGCAUCGCCUUGCUAGGAAGAGACGACUUCGAGCAGCAGGUUUACCGCAUAGUCGAGCGUGCUGAUGAAGUUCACCAGAAGCAUAACAAGAAGAGUUACCUGGAGGUACACUUCGGCACCCUCCAGUUUGAAUUUCUGCUCGGGAACAUGUGGGCGGAUUUUUUCGCAAGGGAGGGGGCCAACAUGCAUGCUGUGCACAAAUCGACGGUCCAAAUGUUCGAGGCCAGGCUGAGUCAAGAGAAGUUGAAUGCUAAGUUCUUCUCCUGGGCGGCUGCUAAGCUCAUCGCCAGGGACUCCACCAGCAGUAGACCCGAGAGGCUCAACUGCCCGGGGGUGUGCCCAGACAUCGUGAAGGUGCUGGGGGAGCUCUGGUCGCAGCGUGCCGCGCGAGAGCGCCAGCUUUCAGCGGCGGAGGGGCUGUCGGAGGGCGUCCGAGGCGGGGUGCCGUGGUACGUGGGGAUGGCGACGGCCAUCGCCGGUAGUCUCUCCUUCUACGCCAACGUGGUGAUUGGGUGCGUGUGCUCGUUCGUGGUCUCCUUCUCGGCAGCCGACGGCGACGUGUACCCUCGGGACCUCUCCGUGCCAGGGGAUCUGCAGGCGUGGCGUGUGUCUGACGCAGAAGGCGGGGUGACCGGCACCGUGUACUGCCGAGGGCCUGCUGCUGUGUCUCGCCACGCCUUCGGCGCUGGGCGCGAGAAGGGGUCGCAGGACGUGCCGCUCUGCCUCCGCGCCAAGGGCGCGGCCGACGAGGAGGAGUGGGAAGAAAGGGGAGGUGGAGACUCGCUAGCUGUCCGUUCGCCGCCAGCUGCCGUGAGUGACAAGGUUUGGAGGAUCUCGUACUCAUCCGACCAGGCUUUCGCUCGUGGCGCCGAGUGCCCACCAGACGUUGACGGUCAGCACUUCACUCUCGUCAAGAGGGGGGACGUUGUCACGAUGACGGUGGGUGCUCCAGGUGGUGUGGUGCAGUGUUACUCCGUCUCCGCCGAUGCCAUUGCGGUGGAUGCCGACACGGACCUUCCCGGUGGUGCAGUGGAAUAA